AAGGAAGCUCAAACAGGGUGUAUUUGUGCCGUUCCAAGCUCAAUAGUAAGAGUCUUUGUCUGUUACGAUGUCCACAAACAAGACAUUUUCACAGACACAAAACAGCCCUCCGUUUCAUCACAUGCUUCGAGCAUCUGGGCAGAGUGAGAUCUGGUAUGAUUUCACAGAUGAGGAGAAAUUUCGCACGUAUGGUUGGCGUUGUUCAACUAAUGAAGACUUGUAUUCAAAUGCCACCCUCAUUGGCAACUGGUGUGAGGAAAGACUUGACACUCGACGUACUGUGGCGUUACGACGCCCCCUGCCGCAUCAGUUCUCUCAUCAUUUUGAGACAACGUAUCAUUCUAGUUAUAACAAAGAUGAUUGUCGACCAAUUUACACACCACCAAAGAAAGAGUCCAGAAGCUUCCCAAGCCACCAGCCCGAGCUGGACCCUCAACACAUUAAGUGUGUGCCAAAAUCCUGUUACAGACUAGAUUUUAAUAAACCUGAACACAGAAAAGAUCAAGUGCUGAGGAAAUCUGUAGCCAUGUUUUCACGCUAACACUUAUAACCAAAUUAGUCAGUAUCAAUGUUUCAUUUACAGUUUUAAGGAAAGGUUUGUUUGCUAUUUGGAAUGACCUACAUGUCUAGUAGAAAUGUAAAAAUACCAAUGUUUGUGUGUGUCUGUUAUUAUUAGUUUAGCCACAUUGUGUUUCUUUAUAAUUCUGUUUUAGUAAGUAAUUCUAUUCUAUUACUUACCUUUUGUGUUUUGUAAAAGUCCAUAUUUGAUAACGGUAUAAUUUUGUGCAUUUAAGUGUUAAAUGGAAAAAUCUCACUCUAAUGUGGCGUACACACCAAAUGCGAAUUCACCGAGUUGCACGAGUCGAUUACAUACAAAGUCAAUGCAAAGACGCGAAUAGACGCAAAUUCUCGCGGGGGAUGCGAAUGGUAUAAAUUGGGUUGCGCGAUGCCACAAACACGCGCUUUUUUAAUUCCAGCAAGUAACAUUGAACGAGGAACGCAAUGCGAAUACAUGCUGCGCGUCUGGUGUGUACGCAGUACAGUGGGGCGUACACACCAAAUGCUAAUUCAAUGAUUUGCUUGAGAAGGAUUACAUACAAAGUCAAUGCAAAGACGCGAAUAGACGCAAAUUUUCGCGGGGGAUGCGAAUGGUAUAAAUUGGGUUGCGCGAUUGCCACAAACACGCGCUUUUUAAAAUCCAGCAAGUAACAUUGAAUGAGGACCGCAAUACGAAUACAUGCUGCGCGUUUGGUGUGUACGCCCCACUGUACUGCGUACACACCAGAUGCGCAGCAUGUAUUCGCAUUGUGUUCCUCAUUCAACGAUUUGCGCGAGAAGAUUACAUACAAAGAUGCAAAUAGACUCGCACGGGGCAAUGUGAAUUGGGUGGUGUGAUGGCUGCGAAAACACAUGCUAUUCACCUCAAACGUGUCUUUGCGCAAGUUAAAAAUAUUCAACUCAUGACACAAAGUUAAAUCCCGCGAGUAACCUAGAGCCAGGAAUGCAUUGCAUUCCUUCUCGGUCAAUAUUACUUGCUGGAUUUAAAGCGUCACUAUGUAAGACUGGCUCACACAAUUGUCUGUUAUCGGUGUUGUAAAUAUUGUUGUUGUAUAGCCUCGCCAUGGGCAGUGUAAUAGAAGUUCAUUUGUUGACAGAACAAAAGUCAUUUGAAAACCAUGUCAACCGAGCAGGUAAAGUAGCUCAUAGGGUUGUAAGUAGCGGGUCUGUGUGCUCUGACCCGACCACGCAACUUACAGAGUGUGGUUGUAGCCGCUAGGAGGCUGCUCAGGUAGCAGCAGUAGAAUUCUUCCAGUCAAGAGUUGUUCUAUUGCUAAAAUAAUUUUACAGAGACUUUAGAAAAACUACAGGGGUCAGACAAAUUGCAAUCACGCCACUCAUUUCGCAUCAUUUGCAUCACCCAGCAAAUCAUUGAAUUCGCGUUUGGUGUGUACGGCCCAUUAUACUACCUUUCUCAUCAUUUACGAACCUUUUAAGAACUAUAUUUUUAAAGGGAACAUUUCACAAGACUUUUUAAAGAUCUUUGGGGUCUCCAGAGUACAUAUGUGAAGUUUAAGCUCAAAAUAUCAUAUAGAUAAUUUAUUAUAACAUGUUACAAUUGCCACUUUGUAGGUGUGAGCAAAAAUGUGCUGUUUUGGGUGUGUCCUAGGGUUGUAACGAUUAAUCGCGUGUCCCAUUAAAAAUGCUUUAAAAAGUCUGAAAUCGAUUCUGAAUCGCAAGGCUCCGAUUCUGUGUUUCAUGCACAGCUUGUGCGUGUACUACGGCAUUUGGUCAGUAGGAAGUCCUUAUCAAUCUAAAAUCGGAGUCGUUUAUAACGUGCAUUUAAAAAAAAACACUCGUUAAACAAAAUGUAUCAUAUUAUCAUGAAAAUACCUGAAAUAAUUUGAAGAACAGCGACAGAAACAUUCUUAUAGACAUUUCCUGGAAUAGCGUUUGUAAUGCUACUUCUUCUGUGGCACAAAGGGUGUUUCUGCACGAGAGCGCCCCCUGGCUUUGGGAUGUCGGGAUUUCACCGUAAUACAUUAAAAUGUAUUCAUUGAGAAAACGCGCAUUUGUACGAUUAAUCGUUACAGCCCUAGUGUGUCCUUUUAAAUGUAAAUGAGCUGGUCUCUGCACUAAAUGGCAGCACCGUGGUUGGACAGUGCAGAUUAAGAGGUGGUAUUAUCCCCUUCUGACAUCACAAGGGGAACCAAAUUUCAAUGAGCUAUUUUUACACUUGCUUGCAGAGAGUGGUUUACCAAAACUAAGUCACUGGGUUGAUCUUUAUCACGUUUACUAGGUUGAUUAAAGCACUGGGGACCCAUAGCACUUAAACAUGAAUAAAGUCAAAUUUCUUGAUAUGUCCCCUUUAAGAGGAACACAGCACCCACAUUGUUGAAAACAGUUGGAUUCUGAGAAAAGAAGCUUACUCUGGUUUUAAAUGAUUAAAGAUUUUAUUAAUAAUUAUUUCAUGAGA